ACGUAUGGAAUGGCUGGAAAUGUCGAGGAAAUGUCAUAAUUUUUCGAAAAGUCAAAUCAUAUCAGAAAACGGCGCUUAUUCGAGGAGCUUGUUGGAAAAAAAUUGUAAAUUGUAAAAAAAACUUAAGAAAAUUCCUUUUAAUUGUGAUUUCGAGUGAAUGCAAAGAGAGAAUGGACUUUAUUGAUUUAACAAAUUCGAGUGAGGAGAAUGCUGCAGCUCCCAAGAGCAUGCCAGCACCACUUUUGCCCCCUGUGGAAAAUUUCGAAGGUCGCAUGAGUAUCGGCGGAGACCCAUUCGAGAAGAUGCUAACAGAAGCAAAAUUGCACAGUGAUCCAUUUGAGUGUCUGCGGCAUACAACAUCCGCAAUAUCCCUGACAACGAACUUGAGUGAUUUGGAGAUCUUCCUGCAGGAAUCCGCAAACUCUGUGAGUCCCGGUAGCAUCAAUCACACCUUCAUGUUUUGUGACAUUUCCCCAAUUACGAAUACAUCCGAGAUUGAACCAGCUUCUGUGCUCAACAAUGCCUUUGUGCAUAUGUCCUCAAAGCUACCGGGGAUGUCAUCGAAACCAACCAUCAGGAAACGUACGGAAUCUGCACCCGUGGCCACGGAAAAGGGGAGCGAUGAGAGAAAAAGUCGGUCUGUGACUGUGGAAAAAAUCAAGAUGAAAAGCCCGGAACCAUCUCUGUGGCACUCAAUUGCUUCUGAGGUGCAGGAGGAUCUCAUGUCUCUCGCCCCACCACCACUGUUUGAAGAGAAUGACGAAGAUAGUCUGGAAAAUCUAAAAAUACCUAUUCUGGAGCAAAUAAAUGCCGCAGAGGAACAACCACAAAACACCGAGGUGUCCUCGUCCCCAGAAAAACUCCCAACUUGCAACAGUGUCCUGGAGACCUCAGCUGUAGUCGAAGAUCUCAGACGGCGCAUGAAGGAUGUCCUUAAUAUGAGAAUCACAUCGAAUGAUCUCGACAUUACGGGAAAAUCCGAGGAAAAAUCUAUGAAUGACCGAGGAGGAAUUCUACGUCAAGAUACAUUUAGCAUCGAUAAAGGGCAGAAGAAAUUAGCAGAAGACACUGCGAUGCCGGAAAAGAAAACUUCUGCCCCGGCUGAUGAGUCUUUCAUGGAGAAACUAAUGGUAAUGUGCGGUGAGCACAAUGUCAGCAUUGUCCAGGAUGCCUCGCAGAUGGAGAAGAAGAAUCAAUCAAUGAUUGUUGUGUAUGUCAACAAGGAGGACUCCUCCAAGACUGAGGGUGGUCAAUUGAAGCGUCGCAACUCCUUCUCCAGCGAUAUUCCACGUGCUACGCUCUCAGUUAAGGAUGAUUCUGGAAGCAGGAGGCGUCGAUCCGUAACCACGGUAGCUACUCCAGGAGCUCGCGAGUGGAAGUACCCCGUGGGCCGUGUUCUCCCAUCGCCUAACUUCCGUGGACAACCAUUAAAGAUUCGUGGGGGUGAUGUAAAACCCCGAACAACAGUUGGACCCUUAAAGGCUCUUAGGCCAACACCGAAGAUCAAUGUGGAUGAAAAUGUGACACCACCGGAGCGUGGGGCAAAGAAGAGGCGCUCUCUCGUCACCACGAGCACCCCAAAGGUGGGCUUUCGCAAGCCUGUGGAUUCAUCGACGCCCCAAUUGAAGCUGCCUCCUGAUCAGUUGGCUCCUGCUAAACUACUCCACCGGAGGCAGUCGACCGGGCCGAAAAAAUGUCUGACUGAAAGCAACAAUCUCCAUCCUCGCUACACACCGUCCAAGUGAGAAGCAGCAUUCCACAUCACUCAAAAUUCUUGCCUUGCAUCUGUCCUGAUUUUUGUGAUUGAUAUUUUACAUAAUUAAUAAAUUUUCAAAUGUGUUUCGUCAAUUUAA